CCACCCGCGCAUGAAGGACUGGUCCCGCCGCGCAACGCUCGCGGAGAAGGCGGGGGGAGCCGGCGACCUGGGUGCGAGCGCCGUCGGGCUGACGGGCUCCAUUCCAGUCGAGUUUACGCAGGGCAACGAAACGCUCCGCACGAUGGCCACGGUGGGACAGCCGCUCUCGGCCGUGGCGGCGCAGGCUGGCCAGUUCAUCAAGUACAAGUGCAGAAAGGGUGAGUGUGGCACCUGUGCCGUGCGGGUGGACGGGCAAUGGAUACGUACGUGCUCGGUCACUGUGCCGCAUCUCCCGGACGGCGAGGCUUACCAGGUGUUCGUGCGUCCCACGAUGGUCAAAGGCAAGAAGUCGUCCCGCUUCUUCUCCGUCCGCUCCUUUUUCGACGGCUUCAAAAACAACAUUCUCGGCAUGGUCGGCUUCGUCAAGGAGGGCCCUCUCUCCAGGAAGGGGCGCGAAAACUUCAACCAGCGCAUCAGCGCCGAGCAGGAGCUUCUCGAGCGGGCAAAGGCGCGCAAGGCGGCAAGGGAGGCAGCCAAGGCGGCAGGACUCUCCCUCGAGGAUUACGAAGAGCGGCUGCGUGCCGAGCUGGCGCGGGGCGAGGCGGAGGCGACGACCAAGGCGGCGCGGAAGUGAGAGGCGUUUCGUCCUCGCCGCUGCUUCGCCACCUCUCCGGAAUCUGCGUGCGCGCCGUUUCCGCCCGCGUUCUGCCGCGGCGGGUGGACUCGGCGUGCGGUGGCGCUACGCACAUUUCUAUGAUGGUAUAAUAAAAAAGUGUG